UUACAAGGUCUUUAUCCUUCCUGGGAAAACAAGGACAAGAGAUAGUCAAAUACUAUAUAUUGUCAAUAAAUGAAGAUCCUAAGAGAUCAUUCUCAUGAAAGAGAAUGGCAGACUGGAACUCUUCUGUGACAGAAUUCAUCCUCUUAGGUUUGACACAUCAGCCAGGACUCCGGAUCCCUCUCUUCUUCUUGUUUUUGGGUUUCUAUCUGCUCACAGUGCUGGCAAACCUGGGCUUGAUCAUCCUAAUAGCACUGAACUCUCACCUGCACACCCCCAUGUACUUCUUCCUCUUUAACCUCUCCAUAAUAGAUCUAUAUUACUCGGCUACCAUCACCCCAAAAAUGCUGAUGAGUUUUAUCUCCCAGAAGAACAUUAUUUCAUAUACAGGAUGCAUGACUCAACUUUUUUUCUUCUGCUUCUUUGUUAAUUGUGAGUCCUUUAUCCUUUCAGCAAUGGCAUAUGAUCGCUAUGUUGCCAUCUGCAAACCUUUGGUUUACAUGGUCACUAUGGGUCCCCAGACAUGUUCACUCCUCUUGUUAAGUGUCUAUGUGAUGGCCUUCAUUUCAGCUAUGGCUCACACAGGAAACAUAAUGAGCCUGACCUUCUGCUCUGACAACCUUAUCAAUCAUUUCAUGUGUGACAUCCUUCCCUUCCUUGAACUGUCCUGCAAUAGCAGUUAUGCAAAUGAGUUGGUUGUCUUUGUUGUUGUGGGAAUUGAUAUCAUAUUACCUGUUGUUCCCAUCUUCAUUUCUUAUGCCCUCAUCUUGUAUAACAUUCUUCACAUUCACUCCAAGGAGGGAAGAUCCAAAGCUUUCAGCACGUGCAGUACUCAUAUGACUGUGGUUCUUCUUUACUUUGGUUCUGGGAGUUUCAUGUAUCUGAAAUCACCAACACUUUUACCCCUGGAGCAAGGGAAAGUGUCUUCCCUGUUUUAUACCAUUGUUGCACCUAUGUUAAAUCCAUUAAUCUACAGCUUGAGAAAUAAGGAUGUUAAAAUGGCCAUUAGAAAAACCUUGGGGAGAAAAAUAUUUUGUUAA